AUGAAGUACUCUUCUCCAUUAAUCCCUUUUUCGCUUAUCCUUAUUGUUGUAUCUUCAUCUUCAUUGUGGGUUUCAGCAUCUCCCCAUAAACAUCAUAACUUUCUUCAAUGUCUUUCCGAGCAUUCUUCAAAAAGUUAUCCCAUUUCAAAAGUGGUUCAUACUCCAAUCAACUCUUCUUAUUCUUCUGUUUUGAACUUCUCCAUUCGAAACCUCCGAUUCUCAAAGCCUGAAACCCCAAAGCCACUCCUUAUUAUCACUCCCUCACAUGUUUCUCACAUUCAGGCAGCUGUCAUAUGCUCCAAAUCUCACGGCUUACAAAUCCGAACUCGGAGCGGCGGCCAUGACUACGAGGGUCUUUCUUACGUUGCCUCUCACCCAUUUAUCAUCCUUGACCUAAUAAAUCUCAGAUCCAUGAAGAUUGACGUUGAAAGCAACACUGCCUGGGUUGAGUCAGGUACAACUUUAGGAGAACUUUACUACAGAAUUGGUGAGAAAAGUCGAACCUUAGCGUUUCCGGCGGGUAUUUGUCCGACGGUGGGCGUUGGUGGGCACUUCAGUGGCGGUGGAUACGGAUUGAUGCUGAGGAAAUUUGGUCUUGCUGCAGACAAUGUGAUAGAUGCUUAUUUGGUUGAUGCCAAUGGGAAGGUUCAUGAUAGAGAGUCAAUGGGGGAGGAUUUGUUCUGGGCCAUUAGAGGUGGCGGCGGAGGGAGUUUUGGAAUUGUGGUGGCAUGGAAGAUCAAGCUGGUUUCAGUUCCGGCCACAGUGACGAUGUGCAACACAUACAGAAAUUUGAAGGGAGAUGGAAUCAAGCUAGUCCAUCAGUGGCAAUAUGUGGCUAACAAAUUAGAUGAAAAUCUAUUUCUUGGCAUCAUCUUGACUGGAGGGAAUAUUACAACGACUCAAGAAGGCAUAACGAACCCAAUAGCUACCUUCUUCUCUUUGUUUCUUGGAAAGGUAAAUGAACUUGUGGCAACUUUGUCAACAACUUUUCCUGAGUUAGGUUUAAUAAAACAAGACUGCAUCGAAACGAGUUGGAUCGAAUCAACCCUCAUUGCUUCUACUGGAGUUCAAACGGUCGAGUCCUUAGAACCUUUGCUCAAUAGAACACCUUCCAAUCUUGAAAACGAAAAAAUCAAAUCCGACUACAUCAAGGAACCCAUUUCCAUUGCUACAAUUGAGGGUAUAUGGCAAAGAUUAAAGGCUCAAGAUAUAGAAACAUCUCAACUCAUAUUUAUUCCUUAUGGAGGUAGAAUGAGUCAAAUUUCCGAGUCGGAAACUCCAUUUUCACAUAGAGUUGGAAAUUUGUACAAGAUUGGGUAUAUUCUAGGAUGGAAGGAACAAAGUUUAAAGGCAAAGAAAAAACAUAUAAGUUGGAUACGAGAGAUUUACGAGUACAUGACUCCUUUUGUUUCAAAAUCACCAAGGUCUGCAUAUGCUAAUUAUAGAGAUCUUGAUAUUGGAGUUAAUAAGAAAUAUGGAAAGACAAGCGUGAAGCAAGCAAGCAUUUGGGGGUUGAAGUAUUUUGGAAACAAUUUUAAGAGGUUGGUGUAUGUUAAGACUAAGGUCGAUCCUUAUGAUUUCUUUAGGCAUGAACAAAGCAUACCUACCCUCUAGCUAAUGAAAGAUCUAGUGAUAAAAUAUUAUAUAUUGAAAACUAUUUGAUAUUUAGUUUUUAAGAAUGUUCAAAUUAUUCUCCCAAAGCCCUAUUGAUGUAGCAAAAUAAAGGGUUAAUGUUGUGAGGUACUUUAUUUGUGUACUUCUUUGUCAUUUUCUUUUAAUGUGUGUGCCUUAUGGUAAUUAAUUAAAUUAAAGUGUUCUUGGAUCAA